CGGAUCUCAAUUCCCUCAGAUUUUUCCUCUCACGUUCCUCAGCCCGGAAAACCCCUAUCAGGUGAAUUGGCUACUGCUGCCGUAGAGGCAUUCAGUUGAUAGUAUGCCCCGCUCCCGCUCCCAUCCUCGUUCUCGCUCCCAAUCGCCUCCUCGACACCGAUCCCGUCGCCCGCACAACCCCCGUGACGAUCGAAGGCGACGAGGUGACCGUUCUAUUGGAGACAGCGACCGGGAAAGACGGUAUCGAAGAGAUGAAGAGGAAGAAGAAUAUGAGCGACCCCAUCACCGACGGGAUGACUACGAUGACAGACAUUCAGAACGACGGCGACGACGAGACAGCAGAGACAGAGACUACACGGAGAAGCAAAGGGUAGAAGCAAGAGAUUCAAAAGGCAGAUCAAGAGGCCCAUCAUCCUCUGUCGUCUCGGAUGAACGACUGGCCCGCCGAGCUGCAGCGUCGACCGCCGAGUCUGGAGCUCUCGAACCCCCGAAAGAUAAAGAAGAAGCAAACUUCAAUACCACCGGCCUCCUCGCCGCUGCAUCAAAUACUACGAAUGGCGUUGUCCUUAAGUAUUCUGAACCUAGCGAAGCAAGGAAACCCCCUAGCUCACAGCGCUGGCGACUUUUCGUCUUCAAAGACAAGGACAUUGUUGAUACUAUAAGCCUUAAUUCCUCAUCUUGCUGGCUUAUUGGGAGGGACAGGGCUGUCGUGGACUUAUCAGUUGAUCAUCCUAGCUGUUCGAAACAGCAUGCUGUCAUACAAUUUAGGUUUGUCACAAAGACAGGUGAGUUUGGGGAUAAGGAGAGUGGGGUAAGGCCGUAUUUGCUAGACUUGGAGAGUGCGAAUGGGACAGGAGUUGCUGGGAAGAGGAUUCCGGGGAGUCGGUAUGUGGAGUUGAAGGAUGGAGAUUUGAUUACUUUUGGGCUGAGUACUAGAGAAUAUGUUUUGAUGCUUGAGAAGGACUAGACUGGGAAAAGGGAGGAGUAAAUUACAGUGAGUUCGCGUGGUGUUUAUUCAUUUAGCGCCAGGGAGUUAUUUUCAGACCUCAAGGAACAUUGUAGAUCUCGUAUUUUCAUUGAGAAAUCGUCAAAGAUCCGUUCACGGAGCCCCUAUCCUCAUCAUAAUGUAAAGGCUUAUUGAAGGCCGGAGAUUGAUCUUAAGCUACUGCGGGAAAUCUACCAGUAUUGUCCAUA